GCUAAAGAAAUUCUUACGAAAGAAUCGAAUGUGCAAGAGGUACGUUGCCCCGUCACCGUCUGUGGGGAUGUCCACGGUCAAUUCCACGACCUUAUGGAACUCUUUAGAAUUGGUGGGAAGUCGCCAGACACAAAUUACCUGUUCAUGGGAGACUACGUGGACAGAGGCUAUUACUCGGUGGAAACAGUGACUCUUCUAGUGGCGUUGAAGGUGCGUUACCCAGAACGCAUUACUAUACUGAGGGGCAAUCACGAAAGCAGACAAAUUACACAAGUGUAUGGUUUUUAUGACGAGUGCCUGCGGAAGUAUGGCAACGCCAACGUCUGGAAGUAUUUCACAGAUCUGUUUGAUUACCUUCCACUCACAGCUCUAGUAGAUGGCCAGAUAUUCUGUCUCCAUGGAGGCCUCUCUCCAUCCAUAGAUACACUGGAUCAUAUCAGGGCUCUGGACCGCCUGCAGGAAGUUCCACAUGAGGGUCCUAUGUGUGAUCUGUUGUGGUCGGAUCCGGAUGAUCGUGGUGGCUGGGGUAUAUCUCCACGUGGUGCUGGCUACACGUUUGGGCAAGAUAUUUCCGAAACAUUUAACCAUGCCAAUGGUCUCACACUGGUCUCCCGUGCUCACCAACUUGUCAUGGAGGGUUAUAAUUGGUGCCACGACCGAAAUGUGGUUACCAUUUUCAGUGCACCCAAUUACUGCUACCGGUGCGGGAACCAGGCUGCUAUCAUGGAACUAGAUGACACUUUAAAAUAUUCCUUCCUCCAGUUCGACCCAGCACCUCGUCGUGGAGAGCCUCAUGUUACCCGUCGUACCCCAGACUACUUCCUAUAAAACCUCUCCUAACCUUUGUAGAAGGAAGUACACCUGGCAUUUUAAAGAGCAACAAUAUUUACACGUUUCUGUAAGAAAUCGGGG